AUGGCAAUCUCCUCCUCAUUCAGCACAAUAAUGGAUGAGCUUGCCGCCUGCCGCAGCUUUUCCUCAUCCAUCCCUCAGUCCCCAGCCUCCUUCUCCGGCGCCGGCGGCCAACACCCGGUGCUUGAGUUCGAGUACUGCGACGUCCCCGAGCAAUGGCUGGAGGAUGACGACGGGAUAGAUAAGCUCUGGGAUGGCAGCACAGCGACAGCGUUGGGCAACGGGGCCACGCCGUCGGCACCGGCAGGCAACGAUGUGUAUGUUUCCGACAAACCGCCACCGGCACCUGCGCCCAAGUGGCUGCGGGGCCGCAAGCCCGGGCCCAGGACCGUCGGCCCCGUCCUCAGCCACGUGGAGGCGGAGCGGCAGCGGCGGGACAAGCUCAACCGCCGGUUCUGCGACCUCCGGGCAGCCGUCCCGACGGUGUCCAAGAUGGACAGGGCGUCCCUCCUCGCCGACGCCACUGCCUACAUCGCUGAGCUGCGCGCCCGCGCGGAGCGGCUCGAGAUCGAGGUCAAGGUCAAGCAGUGGGGCCGGUGGAGGCCUUCAAUGAGAAGCUGGAGGUGCGGAUGUUGGGGCAGCGCGAGGCGGCGGCGCUGCGCCUGA